AUGCACAAUUUUCCACUCGCGAUAAUCCGGCACUCUACGUACAAUUGGAUUCAAGGUCAGAAGAGAAAGGUUCGAAAGAAAGAAUUGAGCCCCAGUCAAAAGAACCAAUUGGAAGGAUUGGGCAUCGAUCUGUUUGAUCGCAUUUGGAAGGCAAACGAGGCAUGGAGAAGACAAGUGGGUGGAAAUGACAUUGUAUGGUGGAUUGCAAAAGUACAAGUCUUCGACGGGAAAUUGCCUGGUUCCCCAGCGAUACUCAACAAAUCCUCCUUUGGGAAACUGGGUCUGCCAGCAACGCAAAUUGAAAAGGAAGGGUUGGCUGCCUCUCUACGGAUCGAGACUGGAGAGACUCGGGUUUUGCUGGAACCCAAGGGGUGCAACGUUGUGAAAGUCAUUUAUUUGGAAGGCACUUGUCUUUGCAUCCUAUUGGGGUUUUUGAGUAGGUAG